AAAAACAUUUAGAUUUGGAGGAGUAAAGAUAAAACCUUUAAAUCAACAAUUUAGGAGGAUUGAGCUUUUGCACGCAGUGGAGAAUCUGAUCCCCUGAGAAUGGAUGCAACAGCUUUCUCUCUCCUCAGCAAUCCCACAUCGUUGUUUCUGGGAGGGAAUGUCAUCAAAAUUCUUUUGCUUCACACAGAAAAUAACUCAGGGAUAGUAUGAAGUUACAAGGGUAUGACAUGGAGAAAUUAAUUAGGUGCUAAAAUAAGGGGGUGAUGGUUAUUCAGACUUGGUCGAAGAGAGGGUCAGAGGGGAUAGGCAUCCUCUUACUACCAUUUAAGAGCUUGUUAUAUUUGGCAGAGACUGUAUGCAGAUUAAUGCCUGUUGCAUCCUGCAAGACACCAUCAUUUCAGCAUAAAAACUCAAGCAUCAAAGCUUACACAGCUAAUAGGGGAAGUAGUCCUUUGUUAAAAGAAAGUGUCCUGGGAAGAGCAUUUAAAGAUGAUGAGUUUAGCACACGUUCAACAUCUGACGGCAAGUCCUCAAGAAGUGAUAACUUAAAGGCGUUGUUUAAACGCAUACAGGUCGAAAUAUCUCAAGGGGACUCAAGAAGCGGAAAAUAUAGCAAGAGUUCCAAAGCAUCAAUUAAUGGUGAUUUAUCUGUUGAAACAUCUGUUCUCGAAUUCCUUCAGCGAUCAGAAAGGGAAAAGAAAGUUGAGGAUUCAAUGUUGAAACGUAGUGAAGAAUCCAAUCACAAGAAAAAAACAACGAAUAAGGAGAACUCGAUACCUAUCCCAGAAUCUGCAGCUCCUCUGUUUUCUCGUCCACCUUCCAACUUUGUGAAGAAGUCUCCGAUUCCGUCCACAACACCGCUGAGAAGCAAAGAAAUCGAAGUGACUAAUAGAGAGGAGUUGAGCUUAGAAGCUGACAAAGAGUCUUCUGAAAUUGAAGGAAUGAAGCUCAUUGAGCUCAAAGAGCUCGCCAAAAAAAGGGGUAUCAAAGGCUAUUCCAAACUAAAGAAGAGUGACCUUGUAGAACUGUUAAAGUCCUAGGUAAAUGUCUAAACUGUCUCUUAUGGUUGAUAUCCUAGCAAUUACUAGCUUUUGGUAACCACUGAAAAGGUGGGGAAGGGGGGUUUAAAUUUCAAUCUGAUGCUGAUAAACAUUCAUCAUUCUUGGUUUCCUUAUAUCUGGUUUUUUUUUCUGUUCAGAAAGUGUCACUGUCAUGCACCUUUUGCUAGACAAAAUAUCGGCUCUCGGUUAAUGAGCCUUACACCUACCCUUCUACUUGACAAUGUAUUCCUGUGACGAUGUGCAUUUCUUGAUAUGACAAAGUUGACUUUGAUGCUGAUUAGCAUUCA